UUUAAGUUCAAAGCCGCCAAAUAUGACGUGUUGCGCUUUUCGAACCGUAUACUCCGGCGGAAAGCAACCCUGCCGAACACUGCCGUUAACUUCGGUUUCCUUCGAUAGCAUUUCUUGGAUCUUUUGGUUGGAGGUCAAAACAGUCAAAAUAAAUCGUAGAGUGCCGCGUUUCAUCGGUGCGAUAGCCCCUCGUGCCCGCAGAUCGGAGAGGCCCGACAGCCCCGUGGUCAUGUUGUCGAUCGUGCGGCUCAGCGUGUGCGCCCAUGCGCUGCCCAAGGCGUCGGCUGGCAGACUGCUUCCCCUGGCGAGGUGCACCAUUCAGCUGCAGCAGUCGGCUGGCAUCAAGAACAGGCACAUUAGGGAGCCCGUCGAGAAGCCGAAGCCCUUCCCGUACGCCACCAAGAGGUUCUUUUGGUACCACGACCUCAUCGACAAGGUCGAGUCGCGCUUCGACGAAAACACGAAGGUCAUCGUGUUGGAAGGCAACAUCGGUGUCGGUAAGACUGCGCUCGCCAAGUCGCUCGCCGACGAGCUGGGGAUGAAGUAUUUCGGCGAACCCUCAUUCGAUCAACUGUACGUGGACGAGUACGGGUUUGACCUGCGGAGCAUCGACCAUUUGGCCCCGGAAGCGUGCCGCACCUGCGACAUUAAGAAGUUCUACGAAGACCCGCACAACGUUAACGUGGCCAGCAUGCAAAUGAUAAUGUUCCAGCUGCGCUUUGAGAGGUACCUCGACGCUUUAGUUCACCUUCUGAACACCGGGGAAGGAGUUGUCCUAGAGCGCAGUCCGUUCUCCGACUUCGUGUUUGCAGAAACAAUGCACAAGUUUGGCUACAUCUCCAAGCUGGCCUUGAAGGCUUACAAUUUGAUGAAGGAAGCGGGGCUUCCGGAAUUGCUUCGCCCCCACUUGGUCAUCUACCUCGAUGCUCCCUCCAACGUGCUUCUUCAAAGGAUCAAAGAAAGGAAUAUUCCCUACGAAGUCCAGAGCAAGGUUUUGACCAAGGAGUACCUGGACGAGAUUGACAGGCUUUACAAGCAAAGCUACCUGCGUUCCAUACGGGACAACAGUGAGCUGCUUCUCUAUGACUGGACCACCAUUGGGGAGUUCGAACUGGUGGUAGACGACAUUGAGCGAAUCAACUUUGAAGCUCUUAUGGAUGACCCUUACGGCCCCAUGCUGAAGGACUGGAAGAAGAGGGAAGAUGACUGGAGCCAGUACCGAUACGACCUCACCGCAAACAAGCACACCGUCAUGUGCACAUGUCUUGUACCUUACUUCGAUGCCCCCGAGCUGCUGGUCUCCGGAGAAGAUCAGGAGACCUACCACCUUCUCCUCAAAAAGUUCAAGCGGCAAGUGUACGCAAAGGGCUACAAUAAGCACCUGGGCGACAAGCUGCCACUCUUCAAGACUUCCCUCAAUUACUGGGACAGCCUGAAGCUUUCUUUUAAGGAUUUUUAGAGACCUCCUGGUGGUGUCUGCACAGUGCUGGGAGAGUCUGCCUAGAUGUAUUUAAAGUGCAAUUAAAGCUUGCACUACGA